AAACAAUCUAGGCCGUCCGAAGUAUAUUUAUUCUUUUCUUUUCGUAUCAUGAAGAAAAGGAGCCCGUCCAUUUUCAGAGUGUAUCACCACCUUAAGCAUGUACGCAUUUCGUUGGCAGUGGUUCAGGACAGUCAGUUUAUGUAUCUAUGAUUAUGGCAUCUUCAUGUGGCUGGAUCUAAUUGCUGGAAAAGAUGAUCUAGGCGGCGACAAUCAUUUUUAG